AUGGACAGAGAAUGGGGUUCAAAGCUCGGUAGCGGAGACGCCGCCUCCGCCCAGAAUGAAGCCAUUGAUCGUCGUGAACGGUUGUGCAGACUCGCCCUCGAAACCAUCGAUCUCGCCAAAGAUCCCUAUUUCAUGCGCAAUCCUUUCAGCAGUUAUGAGUGCAAGCUCUGUUUGACACUGCACAACAAUGAGGGGAAUUACUUGGCCCAUACACAGGGGAAGUGGCACCAGACGAACUUGGCCAAAGGAGCUACUCGGGAGGCCAAGGAAGCACCAGCUCAGCCUUACAAGCAGAAAGUCACUCUCCGAAAAUCAGUGAAAAUUGGUAGGGCUGGUGGCUUGAUGGAAUAA